AUGUUGCAGUUAACCCCUCUUUAAUUUACUCUUAAUUAAUCUUAACAACGAAACCGCCACGACCACGAUCACCGCAUCGAAACGCCGCGGCCAAGAUCCAUUGCGGCGUUCGAUCCAAUUCCACAUUCCUCGCUCAGCCGUUGCAGCACCAUUCACAUUUCACCUUCCGGCAAUUUCCUCCAAUUGCAUUGAACCCGCAUUGCGAUUCCUCCAAUUCUUUCCGCUGCAGCUACAUUUUUCGGAGCCCUAGUUUUUCUCAUUCCGAAGCGUGGAUUAUUUUGAUGUAUCAUUUCUACGAUUGAUACAAGGAAGUUUUCCUUCUCGACUCACUGUCAUCAGAAUUUGCAGCAGACACACGAAUUUGAAUACUAACGAGGAUGGUGAUUUUGAUUUUGGGGAGGAAUAGGGUUUUUGGCGAAGGUUUUUAGGGAUUUGUAGGGUUUAAGAAUGCAUAUAGCUAGGGAUCUGAUUGAAAUCGAGGUGGUUUUAUUGGUCUCGGUUUUGUCGAUGAUGGUAGAUUCAAUAUGGUGAGGUUCUUAGGAUUGACUCGCGGGGUGGGUGAUGAACCUCGAGAAAUCGUUUCCAGGUCUAAUCUGACGGGCGAGUCCAGUGAAAAUGGCUGGCUUAUCAGAUUCUUUGACUCUCCAUUCUUCUGUGAGUGGAUUGCUGUUAGCUACUUGUACAAGCAUGAUCAUGCUGGUGUGCGUGAUUAUCUCUGUAAUAGAAUGUACACACUUCCCUUGCAGGGAGUCGAGGGUUAUUUGUUUCAAGUGUGUUACAUGAUGAUACACAAACCCAGUCCCUCUUUGGAUAAGUUUGUCAUUGAUGUGUGCUCCAAGUCGCUUAAGAUUGCUUUGAAGGUGCAUUGGUUCUUGUUGGCUGAGAUUGAGGAAUCUGAUGAGAAUGAUGGGAUUAGUAUCAUUCAGGAGAAGUGUCAAACUGCAGCUACCUUUAUGGGGGAGUGGCCGCCCUUGAUACGGCCUCAAAGUGCACCUUCAAGCCCUAUAGACAAGAACCAAGUCUUGAGUAAAAUAUUGUCAUCGAAACAACGAUUGUUAUCACUAACUUCUUCAUCGCCUACACAAAGAUCUUUGUCGUUCUCGCCUUCUUCAGGAAACAAUUUGCAAGAGGAUAGUAGUUUGGAGUCUCUUGAAGAAAACAAGCUGUUUAGGAAAUUUAUGCCAGGUCUGAAAGUUAGAGAUGCUUUGCUUUUUAGGAAGUCAGUUGAGAAGGAUGAUGGUGACUCUGAAAAAGAUGGUUUUUUCAAGCGGCUUUUAAGAGAUAGUAAAGGUGAUGAUGAGUUAGGCACGAAAAUUCGAGAUGCUUUUCUUGUUCGCAAGUCAUCUGAGAAAUGUGAUGAAGAUUCUGAAAAGAAUAAUUUUCUUAAAAGGCUCUUACGGGACAGUAGAGGGGAUGAUGAAGACUCUGAAAAGAACAGUUUCUUUAAAAGGCUCUUGAGGGACAGUAAAGGUGGAGAGGAUGAGGAUCUGGCCUCAAGUUCAGAGGGAUUUUUUAAGAGAUUGUUUCGGGAUAGCAAGAAUGAAUCCGAGGAUAACACACACACUCGAACAAUGGAAGACGAAGAAAAGGAGGGUUUUCUCCGAAAGCUUUUCCGUGAUAAAUUUGAAGAUAAGAAGGAUGGAAAUGAUGGAGAUAUUGGUAAUUCUGAGGAGAAAUGCGCAAAGCCUGCUGAAGAGGAUGAAAAAGAAGGGUUUUUCCGGAAAUUAUUUAAGGAUAAAUUUGAGGACAAGAAAGAUAUCAAUGAUAGAACUGAAGAUGGUCGUGUGCACCCUGAGGAUGGUAAAGGUGAUUCAGCCAAUGAAAAUAAUAAUGGUGGCUUAUUUGAAAAUAGUCCAGCCGCAGAAUUUUUUUUCCGCAAAUUGUUUAGAGAUCGUGACCGUUCAAUUGAAGAUUCAGAGCAAUUGGGGUUAAAAAAGGAUAAAGAGAACUGUCCUGGAUCACCAAAGCAGCAAAAUGAGAAAUCAGGAACAAAGCCCCCUCUUCCAGUUAAUUUAUCACAGUUUCGGAAAGGAGCUUACCAUGGGUCAUUGGAUUUUGUGUUGUCAUUGUGUGAGAUAUCAUUUGGGUUAGUUGAUGUAUUUCCAAUUGAAGACCGCAUACGUGCUCUGCAUGAGUCACUUGCAGAAAUCAAUUUGCAUUUAACAGAGGCUCAUAAUACUGGAGGUGUUUGUUUUCCAUUGGGAAAGGGCAUGUACCGAGCACUUUAUAUUUCUGAAGAGGAAGCUGUUCUCUUGAACUCUAGGGAGAAGGCGCCUUACCUGAUCUGUGUUGAGGUCUUGAAAUGUGAAAUGCCCAGCAUUUCCAGGGAGGCAUCUAGAUCUCAGAAACAUUCUAAAGGUGGAAUCCCCUUGGCAAAUGGAGACGCUCUCUUGAAAAAGCCACCCACCUGGGCUUAUCCGUUAUGGACAGCACAAGAGGUAUACCGUAAUAGCAAUGAUAGAAUGUCAAGAUCAACAGCUCAGGCUAUUGAUCAGGCAAUGACCCAUGUAUCUGAGGCAAAAAUCAGAUUUGUUAGUGUGAAUCUUUCUGUAGAAAGACAAUCACAUGGUCAGCUUGAGAAGACUAAUGUGGAUCCACAUGGUGUCGGUUGGUGUUCUGCUGCAGUUUAUAGAGAUGGUAUACAAGAAAUGGAAAGACCAGAACAUGACAAUAAUAUGGAGUGGGUAAGGGUAGUGUUGAAAGCUGAUCCUGGGGUUAGAAUGGAAGAUAUUGAGAAUCCAACUCCACGACGAAGAAAGGAGCAUCGCCGUAUUCCAAGCACAGUAGCACUAGAGGAAGUAAAGGCCGCGGCAGCAAAAGGGGAAGCACCUCUUGGUCUCCCAUUGAAAGGGGCUGGUCAAGAUUCAUCAGAUGCACAACCAAGAGCAAACGGAAUUACUCCUAAAGCCAGCGAUGCCUUGUCUGGUGAACUUUGGGAUGUAAAGAAAGAGAGGAUAAAGAAGGCUUCUAUUCAUGGAAACUUACCUGGUUGGGACUUGAGAUCUGUUAUUGUUAAGAGUGGGGACGAUUGUAGACAGGAGCAUCUGGCAGUUCAACUUAUUUCACAUUUCUAUGAUAUUUUCCAAGAAGCUGGACUUCCUCUUUGGCUGCGCCCGUAUGAAGUUUUAUGCACUUCUUCUUACACUGCUCUUAUUGAAACAAUUCCAGAUACGGCUUCUCUACAUUCUAUCAAGAGUAGAUAUCCUAGCAUUUCAAGUUUACGGGAAUUCUUUGUUGCGAAGUAUCAAGAAGAUUCUCCUAGCUUUAAACUUGCUCAGAGGAACUUUGUUGAAAGCAUGGCUGGUUAUUCCUUGGUUUGCUACCUUCUGCAGGUGAAGGAUAGGCAUAAUGGGAACCUCUUAUUGGAUGAAGAAGGCCAUAUCAUACAUAUCGAUUUUGGAUUCAUGCUUUCCAAUUCACCUGGUGGUGUUAAUUUUGAAAGUGCUCCUUUCAAAUUAACUCGGGAGCUUCUUGAGGUUAUGGACUCUGAUGCUGAGGGACUUCCAAGUGAGUUCUUUGAUUAUUUCAAGGUUUUAUGCAUUCAAGGCUUCCUUACUUGCCGUAAGCAUGCUGAGCGUAUUAUUCUUCUCGUUGAGAUGUUGCAGGAUUCUGGUUUCCCCUGCUUUAAAGGUGGUCUAAGGACAAUUCAGAACCUAAGAAAGCGAUUCCAUCUCAGUUUAACCGAAGAGCAAUGUGUAUCUCUGGUGCUUUCACUUAUUAGUAGCAGUCUUGAUGCAUGGCGAACGCGGCAAUAUGAUUACUACCAGAAGGUUUUGAAUGGAAUAUUGUAAGAUAGCUUGUCAGCCAUGGUCAUUUGCUUGUUCCUUUUUGGCUUUUUGGUUAAGCUUGUAGGGUGAAUGCAUAUCAAUCAGAAUUGCAUUUCUAAAGUCAUUGGAGGGUGGUUGGUUGACUGCAGUAUGACUCUUGGGAGUUUUUUGAGAUGUAACAAUGAAUUAAUAGGUGGCUGGAUGCAUCCUGUUUUUUUAUGAUGGCAAUGGGAGUGACUUUUGUGUAAAUGAAGCUCUGCUAUUUAGAGAAGUUGCAUUGAUCUCCUUAAUGCCACUUUGAGGAAAAUCAAAUUGUACAGUGAUUUUAGCACAGUACAGAUAAGAUUUUAUUGAUUGUUGAUAUGAGUACCUAUGCUGUUUGAUUCAUGAAAGCUUUUAGGGGGUGUUCGAAUUGUGGAGUAAAUACUAAAUACUGACCUAGAAUGUUGGAUAUCUAUUAUCAAAGACAAACAUCUACUUUGGCAAAUAGUUCUAUUAUUUC